UUAUCCACAAAGGUAGAACGUUGGUCUUCCGGUGUUCCAAUGGCCAAUUCUAACAUAACACCUUCCCCCAAUCCCAUUAUCUAGAAAACUAAAGUACUUGACUUACACUUUCAUCAACACAUGUACAAUGGCUAUUUCAAUCUCCUCUUCAAGUGCUGCGCUUUACCAACUAUCCAACCUUAAGCCUGUCUCACUCUCUCUGAGACCCACAGGACCCAGUUGUGUGAAAUGCAAUUUGACAUCUGGGGGUGUGAAAUCUUGGACUGCUGCUGCCAAUUAUGUCAAAAUUAAAGUGGGCACCGGAAAAUUUGCCCGCAAAACUGUUUUGUCACAAAAGAGAACGGGAACCCUGAAGUGUGCGACUAUGGAAGAGAUUGAAGCUGAAAAAUCUUUGAUUGAGAAAAGUGUUAAAGAAAGAAUGGAAAAGACUAUUGAAAAUGUCAAAGCAAGUUUCAACUCUAUUAGGACGGGACGUUCAAAUCCAGAUAUGCUUGAUAAGAUCAAGGUAGAGUACUACGGAACUCCUACUAGCUUAAAGAGCAUAGCUCAAAUCAGUACUCCUGAUUCGAGUUCUCUCCUGGUAAAUCCUUAUGACAAAUCCAGCUUAAAGGAUAUCGAGAAGGCGAUUGUUAAUUCUGAUCUCGGUAUAACUCCAAACAAUGAUGGAGACGUGAUACGGUUGUCUAUCCCUCAACUGACAGCUGAUAGAAGAAAGGAGUUGUCAAAAAUUGUUGCAAAACAGGCUGAGGAGGGCAAGGUGGCACUAAGGAAUAUAAGAAGAGAUGCCAUUAAAUCCUAUGAUAAACUUGAAAAGGAGAAAAAGCUCUCAGAAGAUAAUGUGAAGGACUUAUCAAGUGAUUUACAGAAAGUGAUUGAUGAAUAUAUUAAGAAAGUCGAUUCCAUCUUCAAGCAGAAAGAGAAGGAACUAAUGACAGUUUAGAAGCAUUUCCAGAGUUGUAAAUGAGUGAUACCUCUGCUCGAAGAUAGUCAUUGACAGGUUACAUUUGAAUCAUACUGCUAGCUCUGCUGUUUUUUAUAAUUCCUGGCAUGUUGAUUUUCAGCCAGGUUUUUUGGGUGGAUAUUGUAAAUUGAACAAUGAUAUCAGUUUUCCACUUUAUACAUUAAUGGGCCUUUACUUUGGUCCAUGGAAGAGGAUUUAUUGUAAGAGACGGGCUUUCUUUGUUAUCUUAGUGAAAGAGGAAUACUAGCUAAUGUGGGUUUUAAGUUCA